AUGGGAGACCAACACGAGAUACUGUUCUACGAUAUAGCAUCUGGCCCGCCAGUACGGCCAUUUGCCGUCAACCCAUGCAAAACUCGCUACGCGCUCAACUUCAAAAAAGUGCCCUACAAGACGCAGCUAGUCGAGCUCCCCGAUGUGAAAAACGUCCGCAAGUCGCUCGACUGCGCGCCGGUGCGCAAACACAUUGACGGGAGCGACUUUUACACGCUCCCCAUCAUCAAAAACACAAAAACCGGCGAGAUAGUGGGCGACUCGUUCGAAAUCGCCCUGUACCUGGACCGCACCUUUCCCACCGGCCCGCGGCUGAUGGCAGCCGAGACCGAGGGGCUGACGGCGGCGUUCAACGCGCAGGUGGACGCUCUCUGGGUGCAGAUCGUGCGGCUCGGCAUGCGUCACUUCCCCUUCAACCCGGCCAACGGGCACAUCUACAAGGCCGAGGCGUGCGCGAGGUUCGGGGCCGAGAGCUGGGAGGCCAUGGACACGCAGACCGAGGAGGAGAGGAUCAAGAUCCUAAAGGACGGCGAGGCCGCGCUCGAGCCGCUGGCCAAGUGGUACCGGAUGGACGAGUCCGGACCGUUCUUGGCCGGGACCCAGGUGGCGUAUGCCGACAUUGCGGUAGGCGGUUGGUUGCUCAUGUACUCGGUCACAUUCCCCAAGGAGGAGUUUGCGCAGGUCAUGGCCUGGCAUGGUGGGGUGUGGGGGAGGUUGCACGAGGCGUUGGCCGUGUAUCGGUAG